UCCUUCCUCCUAGGUAUGGUGUGAACAUGCGUUGCUUGGCAGCUCGUGUCAACUAUAAGACACUCAUCUUCAUCUGCUCUCUCUUCACGUUGGUGACGGUCUUACUGUGGAACAAAUGCAAUGACCAUCAGUCCACCCUUCCAUGGGGGCCGGAAUCCGGCCUGCGGGCCGACAGUCUAGAGAAGCGAGCGGCGGCUUCAGAAAGCAACCCCGCCAAUGGGCAGCCCAGAUCCGAGGAGGCCUCCCCCCAGGAGCAGCAGAAGGCACCGCCUCUGGUGGGCAGUAAAGGCACAGGACCCAAGCAUGAGGAGAUAGACUGUGUGAUCAACGAAGAUCAAACCAUUAGGUGCCGGAAAGAGGGCAAUGAGGUGUACAUGCCCUGGUCGUGGGUGGAGAAAUAUUUUGAGGUCUAUGGGAAGAUUGCCCAGUAUGAUGGAUUUGAGAGAUUUGAGUUUUCUCACAGCUACUCCAAAGUCUAUGCGCAACGAGGCCCAUACAAUCCAGACGGGGUCUUCAUGUCUUUUGAGGGGUAUAAUGUCGAAGUCCGAGAUCGAGUGAAAUGCAUCAGUGGCGUAGAAGGGGUUCCCUUGUCUACCCAGUGGGGUCCGCAGGGAUAUUUCUACCCAAUCCAGAUCGCCCAGUAUGGGUUGAGUCACUACAGCAAGAACCUGACGGAGAAGCCCCCCCAUGUGGAGAUGUAUGAGAAGGCGGACGAGAAGAGUGAAGGGGCGCUCGGGACGUGGUCCGUGCCUAAAGGAGCUUCUGUGACCACCGUCUACGACAAGACCAAAGGGAGUCAUGUCAGGAAUUUCGUGGUUCCAGGUUAG